UAGUUUGCAUCCUAUAAUUAAUUUUUGUAUUUCUGGUGAUGAUAGGAAUGUAGGUCAUAAGAUAAAACAUGUAAUGAUAACAACAGCAAUAUUAGAUGAUAAAGAACAUUUAUCAUACCCUGAUUAUCAUUACUAUUACGCAGUAAUUCUGUAUCCGG